AUGGAUACUGUCAUUGGGCUGAAAACAACAUUAAAGCGCCCAACGUGUGAAAAAAAUGCACGGGCGCUUGGUAAAGACGGGGUGGCAAAGGACCUAGCAAGCAAGUCACUGAGUCUGCGGUCCCUUGCUUGGCGUGAAAACGAAUAUGAGAUGCGAGCUGCGCGCGCUCGCCGCUGUGGUCGUUGCCGGCAUCAAAAAGGCAUGGUCCGAUUUGAAUCUCUAGACGGUGCCGGGGUCGACGGUAAGAUCAAGCUGGGGAACAUACCUUGGACGUUCAACAAAGACAAGUUAUUUCAUGUGACUAUCGAAGAUGGAAAGGCGGACAAGAUUUUUUCGAAGGUGAUAAACGAGAUGUUUUUCAUUGCUUGGUCCUUGUAUUUGUCAAAAGGCCGCGGCAAUUUUCCACUGACUAAGCUGCACGACCUUUUCUCAUCUUCCCAUGAACUUCAAAACCUUCCGACAGACGGCGUAACGCAGGCUUCAAGGCAGGGCAGAUCACUACCUCUAUGUCGAUAUCUUCAAGCUACCUUUUUACCUCUCCGUCUCAUCGUGCGCUAUAUCAAGCAAUACUCCAACGAAGCAGUAACGCAGACGCAUGGUUAUCGUGCUCCAGUUCAGAUUCACGAACAGGCUUGGGCUGUGAUUCAACAAGGUCCGGCAGAAAGAGAUCUGGAUACAAUUACGAAGGGUCAAAGGGCCUGA